AUGAACGUGCACGAAGACCUACAAAUCCCCACUCUUGAGUCCCUAGAGAAAGAGAAGAAGGAAGACCCCCCACAGCGUGAAUCCGGGCUUUGCGGUAGUGCAAUUGAUGCCUUGAUCCGUUUGUCUGGUCCCGUAUUUCGUGCGCUUUUGAUGUAAAAUAUUAGCGGUGGGUGGUGUGUCCUGGCGGUGGUCCGACAUUGGUAUCUCUGGUCGGGAUCUGUUAUCGAAUUGCGGAUGGCAGGUUUUAGAGCAGCAGCUGCGAUAAUUCACGUAUCACCGGCACGAUAUCUGCAAAUAUCCAAAGCGGUUGCGGCUCUUGUUGGGGCUUGGCAGCAGUUCUCGGGUUUCGCGGCUCUUAAUCUUGUGUUACGAAACGAACUCUCAUCGCUGCGGCUCAAGUGCUUGUUGAGUGAGGCACGCACUUCUAUUACCUAA